UCUCCUCCAUAGAUGACUCUCCCCAGUAACUCUUUCUCUCUCUCUCUCUCUCUCUCUCUCUCUCUCUCAAGUUGAUAAAGCAACUUGCUCACCUUAUCACAUGCCGAAUCGAUCUCUCGAACAGGCAGUGGAUCCGGUCGCGUUGUCGUCAAGCGGUGAUUGAUUAGUGAUCCGCACUAAAAUUAUCAGGUCAAUCGGAGUCUCAAUAGUUCGAUCAUGUCAUGGAUAAUUUUGAUGUCCAUUUUCAUCUUCUCCAAGGUGCGUACUUAUGCCAGGAACUGAAUUGGCCGCUCAAUUCGUCAGGGUAUAGAUCCACACAUGUUUCUGAUGACUGGAUUCAAGUGAUUGGUACAUAUGGGAGCUCAUUGAGAGGUUGCUAGCCCCAAGAUUAACAUACACAAGCCUCCACGCAAUGGAGCUCCGGAUCACAGAUCGCACCAAAUUAAUGGCAGAUAGGAUUGAAAUAUCCGAUGCUGAAGAAAAUAGUGAUGAGAAUAGCGAAAUUCGAACCCAAGGCUCAUCAUCAGACGAGACUUCUUCGCAAAAGGUCUUCUGUAUCGACUUAAAUGAGGCAGCUGCCAUAGAUGACUACGAGGGAGAUCAAAAGUCUGAAAACGAUAAUUCGAGUGCAAGUUGUGCAGCAGAAGGAAAAGUAGAAAGAACAACCACUGUGAGACAGUAUGUGCGCUCGAAAAUGCCCAGGCUCCGAUGGACUCCUGAACUGCAUCUAGCUUUCGUUCGGGCUGUCGAGCGACUUGGCGGCCAAGAGAAAGCGACCCCGAAACUGGUGCUCCAGUUGAUGAACGUAAGAGGACUUAGCAUUGCGCACGUAAAGAGUCACUUGCAGAUGUUUCGAAGUAAGAAGCUCGAUGAGUCUGGACAAGUUUUGUCUUCGAGAAACACGUUGAUUCGAGGAAGAGAACACCUCAUGCAGAUGUAUGGAAGACUCGAUGCCCAUGAGCACCUCAAGAAGGACAUCCUCAAUGGUAGCCGCUUGCUGUCCCCUCUGCUGAUCAAGCAAUCAUAUGACUUCAAUUCAACGAGGUACCACCCGUGGAUUCUUGGCAACCACCUCGCGAGGUCGAUAUCGCACUGCAAGGGGGAAUCAAUAUCGGAUGUGACCCGUCUGAGUACUCCGGCGCUGUUACAGCACCGGAGCAGGAAAGGCCAGUACCCAUUUAAUGGGCCCAGUAGGCCCGCCAGGUUCAUAGAGGAGAAGAAGUGGCCGCCCCGAGAAAUGUUUAUGGGGGCCCAACAAGGACUUGGCAGGCCCACGAACUGCUCAUAUGAUUCUUGGUACGUUGACACGUGUCCCUCUCACCCUCUCCCAUGGAGAUUCCAGGCCAUGAACAAGUUCCUCCACGCUCCAUCAACGGCUGCCAUUAAUGGCGAUGGCUGUGAAUUUGAGCCUUCUGAGGCUCGAAGAUUGCAUGAAGAGAGGGCAGAACUAGAGAAGAGCUUGCCUGAUUUGAAGCUGAGUUUAAGCCAUGACAUGCUGGAACCCUCUGCCGAUGAUGAUCGGACCGGCCGGAGAGACAGAAUACGCGAAUUCGAAGCCGCCGACACCACUCUCUCGCUGUCUCUAUCCCCUUGUUAGUCCAUGCAGUUACCGGAAAAAGGCGGGAAAGACGAGUUUUUCUGCUGACGGAACCGUUAAGUACCAUCAACAACCGUCCAGCGAGGCCAUGUUUAUUGUUUAGCAGAGGUUCCACUUUCACCUCAAUUUGACGGUUGUUAAUGGGACUUAACAGUUCCGCGACGGUGUCAGAAAAUUUCACGUCAAGCAAAUCGGUCCAUGAAAUUUGAUUUUUUUUUUUUUUUUGGUUGGGGGUGAUCUAGUAAGUCACUUGAAGUUGAAAGAGGGUCGGAUGGACUUUGGGCUGAGUACUUGGGAUCUGACCGUGUCAAUGGAGCAGAGGAGUGAGAUCCUUCGAAUAGUACUCAGACUCAUAACCAAAGUUUGGGAACUUCCAUUGUGCAAUUCUGUGAUUCCACACUUUACUAAGAAGGGAAUUUGUCAUAAAAAUCUCAUAAUAUUUUGCUUGACGAUAUCGAUUAUUCUCUUAGGACGUUGUGUUCGACAUAUGAAGGUACUGAACUUGCCGUAUGGAUAAUGCUAGAUUUCAUCAGAUAUACGUGCUUGUGAUCCCUAAAUGUAUCAAAUUUUCUAGACGAAUUCAUGUUUUGAUGAUAUA